AUGGACAAUACUUCCUCAAACAAAUUUUCAAUUUCAGCUUUUUCAUGGGGUUUGCAUGAUUUUGCUACCACUAGAAUCGUUUCUGUGCAAUCAACAUUUCUCUUUGUGCUUCUGUUUCUAUCCCUUUCUGUUGUCAAGGCAAAGUGCAAAUCCAGGAAGAAAAUCAAUCAAGCACCUCUCCCUCCAGGGCCAACACCCUGGCCAAUUAUUGGAAACCUUGCGGAAAUUAUAUGGAAAAACAAGCCUACUUUUCGGUGGAUUCAUGCCCUCAUGAAAGAACUCGACACUGAUAUUGCUUGUAUCAGGCUUGCAUACACUCAUGUCAUUCCUGUCACAUCACCUGAGAUUGCUCGAGAGUUCUUGAAAAAACAUGAUUCAGUUUUUGCAUCAAGGCCAGUUACAAUGGCAACCGAAUACUCUAGCCGAAAGUUCUUGACGAUAGCUGUGGUGCCAUGGGGAGAUCAAUGGAAGAAAAUGAGAAAGGUGGUGGCUUCUGAGAUAAUUGCACCAUCAAGACUUCGUUGGUUACUUGAGAAGAGAACCGAAGAAGCUGAUAAUCUUGUUAGGUUCAUAUAUAACCAAUGCAAGAGCAAUGGAGAUGAUAAUUCUACAGGCUCAUCAGCAGUCAUAAAUCUAAGACUAGCAACGAGGCAAUACAGCGGAAAUGUUAUCAGGAAGAUGAUGUUCAACCGAAGAUACUUCGGGGAAGGUAGAAAAGAUGGAGGGCCUGGGUAUGAAGAAGAAGAGCAUGUUGAAUCACUCUUCACAGUGCUCAUGCACCUUUACUCUUUCAUCUUAUCCGAUUAUAUACCCUGGUUGAGGCCAUUGGAUUUGGAGGGUCAUGAGAAGAUUGUAAGUGAGGCCAUGAGAAUUGUGAAUGACUACCAUGAUCCUUUAAUUGAUGAGAGAGUACAUGAAUGGAGAGAUGGGAAGAGGAAAGAGCCUCAAGAUCUGCUUGAUACUUUCAUUUUAGCGAAGGAUUCAAACGGGAAACCAGCACUUUCUGUGGAAGAAAUCAAAGCCCAAUGCACGGAAAUAAUGCUUGCAACAGUGGACAAUCCUUCGAAUGCAGCGGAAUGGACAAUGGCAGAGAUGAUCAACCAACCUGAAACUCUCCAAAAUGCAAUUGAGGAAAUAGAUAGAGUUGUUGGAAAGGACAGGCUGGUUCAGGAGUCUGAUCUGCCAAAACUCAUUUAUGUAAAGGCUUGUGCAAGGGAAGCUUAUCGGCUUCACCCCAUUGCACCCUUCAACCUACCCCAUGUCUCAAAUGCCGAUACCAUUGUUGCUGGCUACUUCAUCCCCAAAGGUAGUCAUGUCCUCCUCAGCCGAGUAGGCCUAGGCCGGAACCCCAAGGUUUGGGAUGAGCCAUUGGAGUUCAAACCUGAACGCCAUUUGAAGGAUGGCUCGAUUGAAAUUGAUCUGACAGAGACAGAACUGAGGUUCAUUUCAUUUAGUACAGGGAGGCGUGGGUGCAUGGGCGUGGCUCUUGGCACUGCAAUGACUCUGAUGCUGUUGGCAAGGGUGAUUCAAGGAUUUACAUGGAGGAUUCCACCAGAUGAGGCAAAGAUUAAUCUGUCCGAGUCACAAAACGAUCUCUUCUUGGCUAAACCUUUGCAUGCACUUGCUCAGCCUCGCUUGCCUGCUCAUCUAUAUCCACCCAAUUAACCAGUGAUGAAAAGCUUAAAUGCAGGAAUAUCAUCGUAAUAGUUUGAAUAUUUGAUGGUUAAUUAGAAUUUCUUACUGUAGUGAUCACAUUUGAAUAAUAAA